AUGCCCGAGCUUCAAGAUUCCAAUACGAGUGCUUUUAAUGCACCACCGAUAGAUGUCAAUAAAUUGAAGUAUCGAGAGAAAAGCGUUGCAAAACAACGUGAACUAAUGAAAGCGAAUAAAGAGGCACAACCGAAAGUUCACAGGAAGAAUAAACCGUGGUCAAAAGCCAAAGACGCUCGUCAAAAAAAACUUGAAAAACGACAAAAACGGUUGAACAAAGCCACUGUUGCCAAGCAGGAACCAACCGAUCAAUCCAGUAAAGAUACCUGUGCAAGUGGUCGUGAUGAUGACAUGAACGAUAUUGAUGAACUGAAUGAGGAUUAUCGAUUGUUAAAACGCGCUCGUAAGCGAAAGGUAAUUUUAAUGUUUUUGUUCGCUAGCUGCCUGUGA